AGACCGUGAGAUAUACUUACUCACACGACUUGAGCCGAAUCUCUCCGAAUAACAUUAUUUUACUAGUUCAACUGUACAUUUCAUCAUCUCUUUCCCCCUUUCAUACGUUGGGGGUAUAAACAUACGAUCCCAAGCUAAGGUUCGUGGGCGGGUGAGCGCGCCAAGAUUACACAGAGGCUUUACAUGAUACGUGGCGUCGUUUUAAUAAAUUUCGUUGAUACUGAUUGAGAGUAGUUUAUUAUAAUGUUUUUGAUGGAAUGCAAAGCAGACAACUCUUUAACAAUUGUUGAGAAUGAAAACGUCAUUUAUGAGAAGAAUACUGAAGUGGAAGAGGAUGAAUUGCUUACAUUUUUUGUUGGUGGUAAAAGUUUUUUAGGUUACGUUAAGGCACGUGGAGAUGAUGAAGAUGCAUUGAAAGCUAAACAAAAACAGUGGUUAAAAGACCACAAAAAGAAGCCGGGUAAAUCUAAUAAGACGUCAGAAAAAGUGAUUGUAUCUCCGAUCAAGACUAGACGAAUCUUGAAGAAAGAAUCCCCUCUGAAAGUACAUUCAAAAAAAGGAGAGGCUAAGAAAAGUAAAAAAAAAAACGAGGAGAAGGAGUCUUUAAUAAAACGUCAUGUCGACACCCAGAAAGAAGUUGCUCGGAUUAUUAAUCAAAGUAAAAGUCAAGUCUUGUCUAGUUCGGAGUCGUCUGAUGCUGAAAACAGUCCAUCUAAAGAUGAACUGAAAAAUGAACUGAAGAGACUUCGUGCUGCUAAUGGAAUCUCUAAUCGUUCUACUUCUACUGAUAACGCACAAUUACAUCAACACGAUGUUUAGAUAGAUGGAUCAUCAGAAGAAGAGGAAGAAAUAAAAAGAGAGGAGGGGACACCGGCUAAAAAAAAGAGAACCGACGUAAUUGAAGAAAAGCCGGCACCAAGUCAAUUAUUCGAUAAAGAUUAUCUAAGACCAAUGUCUCAGCUUGGCAAUUCAGGAAUUUAUUGCAUUAGUGAUAUUUACGAAUACGCAUUGGGUGGCAAGCAAUUUACUCAUAUAGCUCGUCGUUUGAUCGAUGGCGUUUUUACUAAAUAAGCCAUCGCAAGUAGUAACUUUACAGGCCAGCCUCCUAGAGCAGAAGGAAAAGAGCGCCAGAUAAUUCCUGUUUUAACAUUGAACGAUACUGCUAAAAAUGCUUUUAUAUGUUUGUUAAUAAUUUUCCCUUCUCCAUUCAUUGCUUAAGAAAUAUUGAGAAUUUAUAUUUAUUAUGUUAACUUCAAUUAUGUUUAUCUCAAAUCAGA